AUGAAAAAAAAAAGGAUCAAAAUUGUAAAGUUUGAUCCAUAUAAACAUAGGAAGCAACCUAAUUGCUUCAUACUGUUCCGUCGUGAUCUGGCGGAACAUUUUCAUAUAAACGCAAAGGCCGCCUCAAGAAUUUGGCGGCUAUUAUCGGAAGAGGAGCAAGAGCAGUAUAAAUGCUCUUAUGGAAGAAAUACCGAUGGCCAAAAACCGGGCCAAUCGGUUUUUUUUUUCGAGGAAAAUGAUUGGCUGAAUAAGCCACUUCGUGGCUUAUUUUCAGCCAAUCAUUUACCUUCCAUAAGUAAAAAUAAUGUUAUUCACUCUUUUUCCAUCAGAUAA